AUGCCAAAACAUUGUGCAACAUCAUCCAAGAAGGGCCUAAAGGUGAAGAAGGCACACAUCAUGUCAGAGGAGCCUGAUCCAUCAGAUGUGCCAUGUGAUCAUCACGCACACGUUGAAGAUAUUCUGGAUGAAGAUGAUAUAGCAAUGGGUGAAGGCGAUGACUCAGAUGAUGUUGUUCUUGUUGAGAAUCCAAAGGGUGUGAACUUGCGUGCGCACAGCACAAAGUCGAGUGUUAUGAAGUCAAGUAGGGCAAAGGCUGCUGAGAGGAAGUCGGAGACUCCGAAGGAAGAGCUAGAGCAUCUGCGCCAGGACUGGAAGUCUGUGGUGUAUGCAUUUUUUAAGCCUGAGGUCUCCAUUGAGAGUGAUCUGUCAGGGAAGUGUGCACACAUGUUCCACUGUGUGAACCGCGGAUGCAGAAUAAAGAUCGUGCGGUGGCUCAAUAAAGGUGAUAAGGGCUCCACAGACGAAAUGCCAAAUGCCAAUGAUGCACACCCUGCAGUGGAGAAGUUUGCACGUUUGGGUUCUAUCACAUCAUCAUUUAAGUGCAAGGGUAAAGGAAAGGUCACAUACUCGAAUCGGCAGCAUUCGCACACGGAAUCAAGGGCAGAGAUCGUGCACUGGGUGGCAGAGAGCUUGCGGUCAUUCACAAUUAUUGAGGACCAUGGGUUCCAAUGCUUGAUGAAGACAGGGGUGGCAAAAAUGUUGCAGGAUUACGAUGGCGAGUUGAAUUUUGCUAUGGACAUGUGGACAUUACCCAAUAAUAAGGCUAUUGUUGUGUUCACCAUGCACUUGCAGCACAAGGGCGUACCACUCGGUGUGAACCUUGCCAUUGCAUUCACGAAUAUGGUCGAGGAGUACAAUAUUUCUAUAAAGAUGCUCGGCAUCACUGUGAACAAUGCAACAUCGAACAACCUGAUGAUUAAUGAGCUGGCAGAGCUUAUUGAGUCGUUCCAGGGCCAGGCCAAUCGUGCAUGCUGCUUCGACCACAUCGUGAACCUCAUGGUGAAGACUCUUCUCUGUCAAUUUGAUGUGCUGAAAGGGAAGGCCGAGGAUGCACUUGAUGAUGCAGAAUGCGCACUGAUCAAGCUGGCAGAGGACUUGGACAUGGGUGAGGAAGAUGGACAUGAAGAGGAUGCUCCUGAUAACAUUGAUAGAUGGAAAGAUGAACACCUGGGACUGACUCCUGAGGAGCGCGAGGUGCUCGACACAAGCAUUUGGCCUGUUAAGCUCAUCCUCAUGAAGCCUGGAGUAGCUGCAAAGAAUUGCAAGCUCCAUUGUAUGCUCCUCCACCAAGCUCCUACCAGCUUGGUAGAGAGUGCUUGA